UCGCUGGUCCGGGCUGCGCCGGUGAACUGUCUGCUGUCGUCCGUCCACUUCAACGUUACCGAGCAGAGUUUUCUGAACAGCGAGUGAAAAAUGGCGAACGUGGUGCUGGAGUUUAAGGCUUCUGCCGGUGACUCCGAGCCACAAAGUCGACCUGUUCUGAUUAUUGGACAGCAGAGCAACCUGCAGCAAGUUAGCUGGAGCCAAAUUAAAGGGAAACUGCUGCCAGUCGUCAGCAAAGAGUUAUGGCAGGCAGCUCUCAAUGCUUUGAACCCAAACCCCACGGACAGCUGCCCUCUGUACCUAAACCAGGCUGCAGUGGCCUCACUUCCUUCUCGGGUUAGCAGACACAACAGUCCAUCUUCUGCUCACUUUGUGUCCCGUCUGGUCCGUUCUUGCCUGCCUGGAGGGAACAACCGCUGCAUAGUGAUGGUUUGUGAGCGUUCAGAUGUGUUUGCGUCCUCCUGUGCCAUCGCCAGGGCCUUCCCCAUCUUCAGCCGCCGCUCAACAUCCUCCCACAGGACUGAGAAGAAGCAUGUCACUGUUGAGUUUGUGCUCAUUGGGCAAGAUAGCAGUCCUCUGGAUGCUUCAGAACUCGAGUGCCUCUCUAACGCUGCGGAUGGCGUGCGGCUUGCAGCUCGUAUUGUGGACACACCAUGCAAUGAGAUGAACACAGAUCACUUUUUGGAUGAAAUCAAGGCUGUGGGAACUGAUCUUGGAAUCACUCCGGUAAUCAUUCGUGGAGAGGAACUAAAACAAAGAGGAUUUGGCGGUAUUUAUGGGGUUGGAAAAGCAGCAGAUCAUGCUCCUGCAUUAGCUGUGCUGAGCCACACACCGGAGGGUGCAACCCAAACCAUUGCAUGGGUUGGCAAGGGCAUUGUCUAUGACACUGGAGGACUCAGCAUCAAGGGAAAGACCACAAUGCCAGGCAUGAAGAGAGACUGUGGUGGAGCUGCUGCCAUUCUGGGAGCAUUCAGAGCUACUGUCAAACAGGGUUUUAAGGAUAACCUCCAUGCAGUGUUCUGCCUCGCAGAGAACGCUGUUGGACCUUUGGCCACACGGCCUGAUGACAUCCACACCCUCUACUCUGGAAAAACGGUGGAGAUCAACAACACAGAUGCAGAGGGCCGGCUGGUGCUGGCUGAUGGAGUGGUGUACGCCAGCAAAGACCUGUUGGCUGAUAUUAUUCUGGACAUGGCCACUCUGACGGGGGCACAGGGGAUCUCCACAGGAAAGUACCAUGCAGCUGUGAUGACUAACAGCGAGCAGUGGGAGGUGGCAUGUGUGCGUGCUGGCCGCAGCAGUGGAGAUCUUGCUCACCCGCUGGUCUACUGCCCCGAGAUGCACUUCAGCGAGUUUACCUCUGCCAUGGCUGACAUGAAGAACUCCGUGGCAGAUCGGGAGAAUGCCCAGAGCUCCUGUGCCGGCCUCUUUAUUGGGUCCCACUUGGGCUUUGAUUGGCCUGGUGUGUGGGUCCAUGUUGAUAUUGCCUCGCCUGUCCACGCUGGUGAGCGUGCUACAGGAUUUGGUGUUGCUCUGCUAAUGGCACUGUUUGGUCAGGCAUCAGAUGACUCCAUGCUGAACCAGGUGUCUCCUCUGGGUGCAUUCACUAAUGUACCCGAUGAUCAGAUGGAGCGAGACUGCAAGAGACGAAGGCUGGUGUAGAGUGUCAAAAUUGCACGGUUUACUCCAAAACCCUGAAAGCUCCCCUGCCUCUGAACAUCCACACUGUUGACACGAGCUCCAUACAUUUUAAGAUGUAAAUCUGAUCCCUGUUUCUGUUUAAAUAUGACUACACUGAAUAAAAAAAGAUAAUCAUCAGUAAGCCAGGUGUUUCACAUGAUUAUAAUUUAUCACUAUUUUCUGUUUUUACUUGCUCGUGAUAAAAUGCAGUACUACAUCUGGAAAAAAGCAGGCGGUAUAUUGUCCUAAUGGUUAACAGAUUUAAAGCAGUGGUUCUUUCUACUAGUUCACAUUUUACAAUAACAUGUUUUACUUUUUAAAACAGGAAACCUAUUUUUAUAUAUGCUCCUCAUUAGCAGCUGCUGUUGUAGUAAAAGUUAAUGCAAAUCAAGGUUCUGCCAUUCAUGUUUUCUUUAACACUGGGAAAGAUGCUGGAUCAACAAGGCUAGUUUUCUGUUUUUGUUAACCACUGCACUUUGUAUUCACAUGUGUAGAGUUUUGAUUGUGGGACAUGGAUCAAACCAAGGAAUGAGUGCAUACUGCAGUUUUCAGUCAUUUCACAAUGUCUUCAGAUAAAUCAUUGACAAGCAGUGCCACAUAGUUGUGUCAGCAGUAAACAUGACUCUUUGAGACAGUUAUACUAUGCUGUUUUUCCAACCUCGUGACAAUCAUGUUGUCCCUCAAUAAAGGCAGUGCCAUCUGA